AUGCCUGUCAUUUGGUGGGAUCAUAACUUUUGGACAGUACAGGGACUAGGGGGAUUAAAUUUCUGUACAUCAAUUGGGGUGAAGAGAAUGGGAGAGCUUGACAAGAAACCAUUUCAAACUUCAUGCAAGAGACAAUAUUCUAUAAAAGAAGCAGAUAACAAGGCAGCAACACUUUAUUCUCAGUGGAAUGGCUACCUGAGGGAUCCAAAUUGGUAUCCAUUCACAACUAGCAUGGAUUCUUGUGGAAAUUCUAAGGUGACUCUCAAUGAAGAAGAUGAAAAAUUAAAACAGUUAAAGAUCAGCAGUCUUGAUGGUGAAAUAUACAAGGCUGUGACAACUGCCUUGGUGGAAUUGAAUACCUAUAAUACCAAUGGUAGGAGUAGGACUGCUAUAGCAGAAUUAUGGAAUUUUAAACAAGGGAGGAAGGCAUCAUUGAAAGAGGGAAUAUCAUAUGUACUGAAUCAAUUGGAACUGCUGAGAAAGAGGGUUGGUAGAAUGUUGUCAGAGAAAAAGCAGCUUGAUGUGAAGAAGAGAAACCUGGAUGACGGGAUUAAUGAAAUUCAAAAGAAAUUAGAGGAGAAGGACGCUGAGUUGAAAGAUUUGAAAGCUGAGUUGGAAUAUUCACUAGAGCUCAACUCUACACUAUCUGUCAAAGAUCGUGAAAGUAAUGAUGAACUGCAGGGUGCUCACAAGGAGUUAAUCAAAGAACUGGUGGAUGACGGUUUUAUUGGUGUAAAGAGAAUGGGAGAGCUUGACAUCACACCUUUUACAACUGCGUGCAAGAGAGAACAUUCUAUGCUUGAACCAGUGGUGUGGCAGGAUUAUCUUAGUGAUCCAAACUGGCAUCCAUUUAAAGCAAUCGAGGAUGAAUUUGGAAACCGAAAGGAAAUUCUUGAUGUAGAAGAUGAAAAGUUAAAAGAGUAUAAAGUGCGACGAUGGAGUGUACAAGGCAGUUGUCACUGCCUUGAUGGAAUUGAACGAGUACAAUCCGAGUGGUAUAAAGACAGUUGGGAGGCUCCUGGCAGCAACUUACCUCUUUCAGGUUCUAGUGCUUUUCAAUUUGAUAUGUUGGCUGUUGGUCAUGCUAGAGGUCUUUUUAUUUAG